AUGCUCAGCAAAAUUGCCCCAAGAUCAGCCAUUCGUGCUGCCAGACCAGCCUCGCUCUUCUCUAGAGCUUUGGCUACUGAAGCAACCCAAAACGACGACUUGAUCACCAUCGACUUGCCAGAAUCGUCUUUUGAAACUUACAACCUUGAUGCUCCAGAAUUGUCUUUCCAAACCAACAAGUCCACCUUGUUGCAGAUGUACAAGGACAUGAUCAUCAUCAGACGUAUGGAAAUGGCUUCUGACGCCCUUUACAAGGCCAAGAAAAUUAGAGGUUUCUGUCACUUGUCUGUCGGUCAAGAAGCCAUUGCCGUUGGUAUCGAAAACGCCAUCAACACCAAUGACUCCGUCAUCACUUCUUACCGUUGUCACGGUUUCACCUACAUGCGUGGUGCCUCUGUCAAGGCUGUUCUUGCCGAAUUGAUGGGUAGACGUUCUGGUGUGUCUUAUGGUAAGGGUGGUUCUAUGCACAUGUACGCCAAAGGCUUCUACGGUGGUAACGGUAUCGUCGGUGCCCAAAUUCCUUUGGGUGCUGGUUUGGCGUUUGCCCACAAAUACAAGAACGAACCAAACGUGUCCUUCACCUUGUACGGUGAUGGUGCCGCUAACCAAGGUCAAGUUUUUGAAGCUUUCAACAUGGCCAAGUUGUGGAACUUGCCAGCCGUCUUCUGUUGUGAAAACAACAAGUAUGGUAUGGGUACUGCUGCUGCCAGAUCCUCUGCCAUGACCGACUACUACAAGAGAGGUCAAUACAUCCCAGGUUUGAAGGUCAACGGUAUGGAUGCCCUUGCUGUUUACCAAGCCUCUAAAUACGCCAAGGACUGGAUCUUGAGCGGUAACGGUCCAAUUGUUCUUGAAUACGAAACUUACAGAUAUGGUGGUCACUCCAUGUCUGACCCUGGUACCACUUACAGAACCAGAGAAGAAAUCCAACACAUGAGAUCCAGAAAUGACCCAAUUAGCGGUUUGAAACAACACUUGUUGGAACAAAACAUUGCUACCGAAGAAGAAAUCAAGUCUUGGGACAAGGCUGCCAGAAAGUAUGUCGAUGAACAAUGUGCUGAAGCCGAAGCUUCUCCAGCUCCAGAAGCCAAGAUGGACAUUUUGUUCGAAGACGUUUACGUUCCAGGUUCCGAAGUUCCAACUUUGAGAGGUAGACUUUCCGAUGACACUUGGGAUUUCAACAAGAAGGGUUUCUUGCAUGACGUUAGAGUCGAGUAA